AUGUCACGCUCUAUUUCUCAUGAUCAGCGGAAUAUAGCAUUCCGUGAAGCCUUUUUUUCAGCCGAGCAUGCAAAGAAAAGAGCCCAGAAAACAUCAGUGGUGGUGGAAGCGCGAGCCAAAGACCUGGGUCUUGAGCACCAGGUCGAGGCCGUGCCUGAUAGCAGAGGUGCCAAACUGCACUGGCUCGGAGAUCGUGGAUCAGAAAAGGUGAUAUUGUACUUCCACGGCGGCGGUUACGGAUUACCGGCCUUUGACGGCCAUAUUCUCUUUCUUGGGCAGUGUCUGGCCCGCUGUGCUUCAGCGAAGGGAAGAAAGAAUGUUGCUACCAAAUUCCCUGGCCAACUUCUGCAAGCUACGGAAGCUUUACGUCUCCUCUUAUCGAGUGACUACAAACCAUCAGAGAUCGUCGUAGGUGGAGACUCAGCAGGUGGCAACUUGUCGAUCGCUCUGAUUUCUCAUAUCCUUCAUCCAUUCGUUGGGAUCCCCUCGUUGAGUCUCGAGGCCCCCCUCGGAGGACUUCUUCUCAUCUCACCGUGGGUCAGUUUCGGUACAGAGACACAGUCCUUCCGAGACAAUGAGCUGCGAGACAUCUUCCCCGUCUCGACAAUGUCCCAACUCGCUACAGAAUUCGUCGGGAAGGGCGGCGAAAGAAAUAACUGGUCGGAACCAUUUCUUGCAAGUACAUCAUGGUGGAACAAUGUGCCAGUCAGAAAGAUUCUAAACGUCUGGGGCGCUUUGGAAAUGUUCAGGGAUCAUAUUGCGACAUUUGGACAGCGGCUUCAGAUGGCGGGCAACUCGAUUAACAACGUCGAGUGCCCCAUGCAAGUGCACAUAGACUGUAUUCUGGAUGCGCAGACCGGCUUGGAGCCUGGGCCCAUGUCCGUCAAGAUAUGGGAAUGGCUGUUGGAGGUCCUUUGA